GGGAGUUCCUAUGGACCUGGUCACUGAAGCUUAGCUUUGCGACGGCCGCGCAACGCGACUGCUGGUCAGAAAAAAUUCGCCUCCUAGCGAAGGACACGACUAUUAAGAUAUUUUGGGACAUCGCCACACACAUUUUUACAUUUACUCUUCUAAGGCGUCGAAGACGUUGUCGUGCUCAUCUCCGACAAGAAUUAGUACAUGCAUGGAGGACCGGGACCCUGUUGUCGUUGUGUAAGGUUCUGCUCGUGCUCGUGGUACUUGUCAACAGUUUCUUCAUACGUAUGAAGAUGUCGCAUCCUAUUCCUAGAAAUGAGCAACACCACGACUCCUAUUUUCGCUGUUCCAGGACGACUAAUAUUUAAGUGCUUUAUGUUUAAUGCUUUGGAUGAAGUACGCAAUGCAACAACUGGAUAAUGUGAAACUGAUUUCUUCAACUUCUAACACAUCCGGAACGAAAAUCCGAAUGGACGACACCACGUCGGAGCCACAACAACCUGAAGGGAUAGGAACUCGCGUGUACGUCUGA